AAUAGUUCUGUGCAAAAUGAACGUUCUUUUCGUGUCUUUCGCGCUCACAAUUCUUCUUCUCUGUGUUAAGGCACGGCCAGAAGAUUUCGUAGCUCUUCAGGAUCAAGCUGAUUUCCAGAAAUGCCUCGAGCAAUAUCCAGAAUCAAAUCAAUCUGGAGAAGUUCUUGCGUGCCUCAAGAAGCGCGAAGGUGCCAAAGAUUUCCGGGAAAAGAGGAGCUUGGAUGACAUAGAAGGGACUUUCCAAGAGUCUGGAAAUCUCUGGGGUGCCUAGGAAGCUCAGAGGACUUCUAAUCAAUCUGUGAGAAGGAUGAGAAGAAAAUCCAACGGCUAGAGAAUAUUUAAGGAAAAUAUAAAUUAACGAAGCAUUAAAACGCAUUUAAUAAUUUACUU